ACUGGCCCCUCCCACGGACAUACACACAGACAACACAGAAAGCGGGAGAGGCAUUUAAAACUUUUUGAGAUCUGUCACAGGCUUUGUCAUCCCGAAAACCUUGGCGUUUGUCGCACGAUUAAUUACCACACUGACGGAAGACUUUGCUCCGGUCCUUUAUUUUAUCAGCCGAAGGAAACGUUACACCGUGAACUUCCUAAGAAAGUUCCCUUCAGCGUUACUGAGGAUUCGCUGUUCUACAGAGCUAGACGUGACCGUUCAAGAAGACACCCUGCUGCUACUUUUUCUGCCACGUCUGACUUCAGGAAAGCGUUCUGUUCCAGCCAUGUGGCUCACGGCACACAUCCGCCCCUCCACCAUCCUGUUUUUGACCCUCAGCAGCUUGGCCUCUGCAGGUCCAUUGUCUCGGAGCCCUUGUGAACUUUUGCCAGUUGGGGUGGGUCACCCGGUUCAGGCCAUGUUAAAGAGUUUCACUGCCCUAUCAGGCUGCGCUAGCCGAGGAACCACCAGCCUCCCUCAGGAGGUGCACAUCGUCAACCUACGAAGAGGCAAUGCACAAGGAGACCGAGACAAACCAGCAGAGGUGGCGUUACAUCUGCGGCCCAUCCAGUCCCUGCAUGUGCACCAGAAACCGCUGGUCUUCGUCCUGAACUCCCCUCAGCCCGUCCUCUGGAAGCUCCGCACAGAGAAACUGGCCUCAGGAGUCAAACGCAUCUUCCAUGUUGCAGAUGGAUCUGAAGUGCACUUUGAGGCAGGAAAUUUCUCGGAGUCGUGUGAGGUGAAGGUGGAAAAUCUUCCUCAUGGCAAUGAGCACCUGCUUUCUUGGGCCCAUCAGCGCUAUCAUGCAGUUACCUCUUUUAGUGAGCUCAAGAUGGCCCAUGACGUCUACAUCAAAGUUGGAGAGGACCCCGUCUUCUCCGAGACCUGUAAGAUCGAUAACAAGUUCCUGUCUCUAAACUACCUGGCAAGCUACAUCCAGCCCCAGCCAUCCACGGGGUGUGUUCUCUCAGGUCCUGAUCAUGACCAGGAGGUCCACAUCAUUGAGCUCCAGGCACCAAACUCCAGCAGUGCAUUCCAGGUGGAUGUGAUUGUGGAUUUAAGGCCGCUGGAUGGUGACGCCCCACUCCAUCGUGACGUUGCGUUGCUUCUGAAAUGUGAGAAGUCAGUGAAUUGGGUAAUCAAAGCCCACAGCGUCACGGGCAAACUGGACAUUGUGACGUCAGAUACCGUCAGCCUGAGUGAACAGACAGAAAGGCUGAUGGAAGUGUCAAAGACAGUGAAACAGAAGCUGCCCGCAGGAUCUCAGGCUCUCAUCCAGUGGGCAGAGGAGAAUGGGUUCAAUCCCGUCACUUCCUACACCAACACCCCUGUUGCCAACCACUUCAAACUGCGCAUCAGAGAACAAGAUCUAGGGAUCAUGGAUGAGGGAAUGAUCCCACCAGAGCUGUCCAUUCUCCUCAAUACCAGCCCACUUUCUAAGCCCAACGCCCGGGACUCCCUUGCACAGAACAGGUUCCCGUUUCCCUUCCUGCCAUCCAUGGACCAGGGCCUGUCAUUCCCACCUCUGACACGGGGUCUGGAGGAGCACAGUCAUGAGGCCGGGGGUCCCGAGGAGCAGCAGGGGGCUUCGAAUGUAGGGUUCAGUGUGCAGUGUGAGAAGAACAAAAUGGUGGUCAGCAUUGACAAGGAAACUCUACAGGCCAAUGGGUUUGGAAAACCCAACAUCACUCUUCAGGACUCCCAAUGCAAAGCAACCUCCAACAACACUCACUAUAUACUGGAGACGCCCCUGUCUGGCUGCCAAACCACCAAAUUUCCCUCCCACCCCAGCCCAGUGGUCUUUUAUAUCAAUUCAAUUGUUAUUAGCCAAUCAGAACAGAAGGAUGGAAGCGGCUUGCCCUCUGAAUAUGAAGAUAUGGAGACAGGAGAUGUUGUAAAACCAGGAGAUCCGGAUGUGACAGAAAGAAUUUCACCUGAAAACGGACAUCGUGCGACUAUCUUGUUUAACUGCACAUACCGUAAAAACCAGGACACCCCAGUUGACAGUGAUUUCGGAUCUGAUGAUUUCACUGUAGAUUCUGUAGACAAUGUGACCUUCAACAUGGAACUGUAUAACAAUCCAUUUCUUUACCCAAGCACUCAGUCCUUCCUCACAGUCACUGAGAACCGGCCCAUCUAUGUGGAGAUUUCAGCCACAAAAACUGAUCCUAACCUUGAGUUCAUGAUCCAGUCCUGCUUCAUAUCUCCAGACUCCAGUCCUCUUACACCGUCGGACUAUGUUGUCAUAGAGAACAUAUGUCCUAAGGACGACUCUGUGCGCUAUUACCCUCAGCGAGCCGAGUUCCCCAUCCCUCAUGCUCAGAUGGACAGAAAACGCUUCAGUUUCACCUUCAGAUCAAAGUUUGAUGUAUCAUUGAACUUCCUGCACUGUGAGAUGUCCCUCUGCACCAGAAGAAAUGACAAGGAGGUGAACCUGCCAAAGUGUAUGCUACCAGAUGAAGCCUGCACUUCCCUUAGUGUAGAAAACAUCCUCCUCAUGAUGAUGCGCACGAUGAAGACCAUCACCAAGCCAAUUGUGGUCGUCUCUGACAACGCGCCUGUCACUGUUAAUGUACCUGUGGAACCACCUGGUCCACCACUUCCAGGCAUUAUAUAUUUCCUGGACACCCCAACUGUGGUGGGCAUCGCUUUUGCUGCCUUUGUGAUUGGAGCCCUUCUGACUGGAGCUCUAUGGUUCAUCUACUCACAUACAGGUGGCACAGCAACAAAGCAGCAGGUGCCAAAGUCCCAGCCGGUGUCUGAGAACAGCAGCGCGGCUCACAGCAUCGGCAGCACACAGAGCACACCGUGUUCAAGCAGCAGUAAUGCAUAGAGCAGCUGGGCUGAUGAUGCUUCCAUCGGCACUGUAUGGAAGAGUCUGUGUUUCGUAGCAUAACCCGAGGCCUUAUUAUUUUCAUUAUUUGGAGCUGUUUAGGCUGAAUAUCCAAACAGCUGAAAAAAGAGGUGAGGGAAAUAACUAAAUAAUCAAGAUCCAAGAGUGUUGCCUUAUAUGGUUAAGAUCAGUGUGAAAAUAACAAAGGCUGUUUACACCAGUCAUUAUUGCAUGAAGUCAGUCUUGACGGACCGUUAUUACUCUGCGAGGUUACGCAAAGGCUCAGUCUUCACCCAAACAAAGAUCAAUGCUUUGCCUAAUCAAGCAUGCAUAUUUGAGACAUCUCUAAUAAAUAGGUCAGUAUCACUAUAAACUAUUCAUUAUCUAAUUUCUUGAAUACCCAAAUGCCAAUCAUUUAAUUCUAUGUAAUUCUGACUGGUCUUCAGGAUCCAGACGCUAUGAGUGAAGGGUGUAAAAGCCUUUGUCAGAGGCAUUUUCAAUGUAUAUUGUAAAAUAAUGUAUAUUCUGUGAAUAUUGUAUGAAAUGCAUAGAUUUAAAGUGGAAAUAACUCCAUGAAAAGCUGUAACUAAAGCCAGAUAUUUAUCAGAAGAUUAUAAACCAUUUAAAAUAUAAUUUUAAAAUUAUAGAUUAAAUCAUAAAGGCAAAUAUGAAUUAAUUUACAGAUAUACAUGCACAAGCGCUUUCCCAGAAUCAGCCUUUUAAAAGAUAGUCGCAAGAUGAUAAGAAGUAGUAGUAUAGUGGUAUAAUAGUUUUUUCCACCCAAAUUCUGAUGUAUAGAUAAUUGCAGAUGAUAAGAAUAAUAAUAAGCAUUGUAUGACUAAAAAUGGACUUAUAGAUUUUAUAUGCUGGGCAUUGUUAUUCAACAUUAGUAUAAAAAGUAAUGAUUAACAAACAGCAGACUGUAAUGUUUUGAUAUAUCUAAAUGAGCGUUUGUUGAGAAGGAGUUGAUGUGCAUAGACACAAAAGAUGUACAUAAUCUAAUGCCAAAGAAUGGACAAUUACUUUCCUGUCUUUUAAUGUUACAGCAGUCACAGUGGUGUGUAUGUUUAGGUACUAACCUACCACUAAAGUGAACACAAAAUCAACAUUUCUCAAAAAAUAAAAUAAAUAAAUAAAAACAUUAUUUCUGAAGUAAGUUCAGUUUGGGAUUUUGUGUAGAACAUGCAUACAGAUACACUUGUAAAGUGCAAGAAAUGUAUGGAUGCAAAGCCAGAGUAAUCCCACCGUCAAAACUUUACAUGAAUGUCAUAACAUUAUAAGUGCCUUACCUUUGAGUUUAUACAUUAUGAGAUAAAAUGAGACAAGAAGGGAAGUGGUGUUUGCUUAGCUCUAGGCACAGUAUAUAGCCACUGAUGUAAAAAUGGCUGCAUCUAGUCGUUUGUUUUUACUAUCUAAUGUUGCUUUUUUGUUUGUGUGUUGCUUGCUAAAGACUGUACCUAUAGAAUGUACUUUAUUUUAAGCCUUAAUUCCAUUGUAAACUUGUAUAAAUGUCUCCUGUAAGAGGAAAGAGAUGAAACAUUUAUUUGUGUAUAAAGUUAUAUUUUUCUAGAGAUAUAUAUAUAGAGCCACCCUAUAAUUCUAUCUGCAUACUGUGAAUUUUUGUGGGCAUAUUUCUAUAUAAUGUCAACGUGUUUUCUCUAAAUCUAAACAUAGUCCAUAAUGCUGAAGUGAUCUGCAUUCACGGAUAUUUUCCUGACCUAAUAAUACAAAAUAAGAUGUCUUAUUAUAGAUAUAUAUUUUUACAACUAUCUUUUAUAUGAGAACACUAUAAUAUUUGGAAUAUAAAAUAGAUUUUGAUGAUGCAAAUGUUUUUAUCUCUCUUUUAAGCUCUUCGCCAUUUAAAGAUCUGUUGGGUGUGUGUUUGGUCACACUGUAAGCUCUAUAUAUCCAUGUUUGUGGGUUUAAAUGGAUGAGUAUAUAUGCCUAGUCCUCGUCUUGUGUCUUUUGGGAAUGUUUAAAACAAUGCUGUCAUGUCUAACAGAGUUUGAAUCUCUGCUAGGUGUUAUCAAGGGUCAUUUAAUGGCUGUAGAGUUAACAAAGGCCUUAUUGGUUUUAUUUAUCAAAAGGUUUUUGUUUUUUUCCAUUCCAGUAAACACUCUGUAUCAUGAUAAACUCUUUAUUUUAAAAUUGAAGUUCAAACCACUGUGUUUGACUCCGUGGCGUGAAAUAGAUUGUGCUGUCUUUCUGUUUGUUAUCUACCUCAUUUGUGUGUAAAUGGUUUCAUUGUCUUGUCGUCAAGAGUAUUUUACUGUACAUAUUGUGUAGAGCUUGAUGUUACGUAAAAUAUAUCGCAUCAAAAGUUUUCUUUCACAGAUUUGACAGUUCACUCGGCGUCAGUCAUCAGACUUUCCGACAAAAGGGGAAAAUCUGAAAGUUGUAAAUGUGAACCUUUCAGAAUUAGACCUCAGAUUAUCCAGACCGUCUUGCUCUGAAACUAUAUACUAUUUGUGACCAUUUUUUUUGUUUAGUUCCUCCGAUGGUAUGUGAAACUACAGUCUAGUGUUUGUAAAUACAAUAUGCUGUAAAUAUGCAUGCUUUAUGUAUGCUCUGUAUAUACCAAAUAAAUUCUUGUAAUCUUU